AUGGUUGAUAGAGUAUUAGACCAGUGGAAUUAUGGUCACCGUUACUUAGUAAUGUUAAGUUUAGAAGUAUCAUUUUAUACUACUACUACUACUACUACUACUACUACUACUACUACUACUACUACUACUACUACUACUACUACUACUACUACUACUACUACUACUACUACUACUACUACUACUACUACUACUACUACUACUACUACUACUACUACUACUACUACUACUACUACUACUACUACUACUACUACUACUACUACUACUACUACUACUACUACUACUACUACUACUACUACUACUACUACUACUACUACUACUACUACUACUACUACUACUACUACUACUACUACUACUACUACUACUACUACUACUACUACUACUACUACUACUACUACUACUACUACUACUACUACUACUACUACUACUACUACUACUACUACUACUACUACUACUACUACUACUACUACUACUACUACUACUACUACUACUACUACUACUACUACUACUACUACUACUACUACUACUACUACUACUACUACUACUACUACUACUACUACUACUACUACUACUACUACUACUACUACUACUACUACUACUACUACUACUACUACUACUACUACUACUACUACUACUACUACUACUACUACUACUACUACUACUACUACUACUACUACUACUACUACUACUACUACUACUACUACUACUACUACUACUACUACUACUACUACUACUACUACUACUACUACUACUACUACUACUACUACUACUACUACUACUACUACUACUACUACUACUACUACUACUACUACUACUACUACUACUACUACUACUACUACUACUACUACUACUACUACUACUACUACUACUACUACUACUACUACUACUACUACUACUACUACUACUACUACUACUACUACUACUACUACUACUACUACUACUACUACUACUACUACUACUACUACUACUACUACUACUACUACUACUACUACUACUACUACUACUACUACUACUACUACUACUACUACUACUACUACUACUACUACUACUACUACUACUACUACUACUACUACUACUACUACUACUACUACUACUACUACUACUACUACUACUACUACUACUACUACUACUACUACUACUACUACUACUACUACUACUACUACUACUACUACUACUACUACUACUACUACUACUACUACUACUACUACUACUACUACUACUACUACUACUACUACUACUACUACUACUACUACUACUACUACUACUACUACUACUACUACUACUACUACUACUACUACUACUACUACUACUACUACUACUACUACUACUACUACUACUACUACUACUACUACUACUACUACUACUACUACUACUACUACUACUACUACUACUACUACUACUACUACUACUACUACUACUACUACUACUACUACUACUACUACUACUACUACUACUACUACUACUACUACUACUACUACUACUACUACUACUACUACUACUACUACUACUACUACUACUACUACUACUACUACUACUACUACUACUACUACUACUACUACUACUACUACUACUACUACUACUACUACUACUACUACUACUACUACUACUACUACUACUACUACUACUACUACUACUACUACUACUACUACUACUACUACUACUACUACUACUACUACUACUACUACUACUACUACUACUACUACUACUACUACUACUACUACUACUACUACUACUACUACUACUACUACUACUACUACUACUACUACUACUACUACUACUACUACUACUACUACUACUACUACUACUACUACUACUACUACUACUACUACUACUACUACUACUACUACUACUACUACUACUACUACUACUACUACUACUACUACUACUACUACUACUACUACUACUACUACUACUACUACUACUACUACUACUACUACUACUACUACUACUACUACUACUACUACUACUACUACUACUACUACUACUACUACUACUACUACUACUACUACUACUACUACUACUACUACUACUACUACUACUACUACUACUACUACUACUACUACUACUACUACUACUACUACUACUACUACUACUACUACUACUACUACUACUACUACUACUACUACUACUACUACUACUACUACUACUACUACUACUACUACUACUACUACUACUACUACUACUACUACUACUACUACUACUACUACUACUACUACUACUACUACUACUACUACUACUACUACUACUACUACUACUACUACUACUACUACUACUACUACUACUACUACUACUACUACUACUACUACUACUACUACUACUACUACUACUACUACUACUACUACUACUACUACUACUACUACUACUACUACUACUACUACUACUACUACUACUACUACUACUACUACUACUACUACUACUACUACUACUACUACUACUACUACUACUACUACUACUACUACUACUACUACUACUACUACUACUACUACUACUACUACUACUACUACUACUACUACUACUACUACUACUACUACUACUACUACUACUACUACUACUACUACUACUACUACUACUACUACUACUACUACUACUACUACUACUACUACUACUACUACUACUACUACUACUACUACUACUACUACUACUACUACUACUACUACUACUACUACUACUACUACUACUACUACUACUACUACUACUACUACUACUACUACUACUACUACUACUACUACUACUACUACUACUACUACUACUACUACUACUACUACUACUACUACUACUACUACUACUACUACUACUACUACUACUACUACUACUACUACUACUACUACUACUACUACUACUACUACUACUACUACUACUACUACUACUACUACUACUACUACUACUACUACUACUACUACUACUACUACUACUACUACUACUACUACUACUACUACUACUACUACUACUACUACUACUACUACUACUACUACUACUACUACUACUACUACUACUACUACUACUACUACUACUACUACUACUACUACUACUACUACUACUACUACUACUACUACUACUACUACUACUACUACUACUACUACUACUACUACUACUACUACUACUACUACUACUACUACUACUACUACUACUACUACUACUACUACUACUACUACUACUACUACUACUACUACUACUACUACUACUACUACUACUACUACUACUACUACUACUACUACUACUACUACUACUACUACUACUACUACUACUACUACUACUACUACUACUACUACUACUACUACUACUACUACUACUACUACUACUACUACUACUACUACUACUACUACUACUACUACUACUACUACUACUACUACUACUACUACUACUACUACUACUACUACUACUACUACUACUACUACUACUACUACUACUACUACUACUACUACUACUACUACUACUACUACUACUACUACUACUACUACUACUACUACUACUACUACUACUACUACUACUACUACUACUACUACUACUACUACUACUACUACUACUACUACUACUACUACUACUACUACUACUACUACUACUACUACUACUACUACUACUACUACUACUACUACUACUACUACUACUACUACUACUACUACUACUACUACUACUACUACUACUACUACUACUACUACUACUACUACUACUACUACUACUACUACUACUACUACUACUACUACUACUACUACUACUACUACUACUACUACUACUACUACUACUACUACUACUACUACUACUACUACUACUACUACUACUACUACUACUACUACUACUACUACUACUACUACUACUACUACUACUACUACUACUACUACUACUACUACUACUACUACUACUACUACUACUACUACUACUACUACUACUACUACUACUACUACUACUACUACUACUACUACUACUACUACUACUACUACUACUACUACUAUUACUGCUUUUAAUCUGUUAGUGCUUGAAAUAGGUAGUGUUUUUUCUUUCUAUUGA